AUGGACACAAACACUGCUUCUAUUAACUUUCUCAUUUGGCAAUACCUCAAAGAACAUCAAUGGAAUCGUUCAAAACAUAUAUUUGAACAAGAAACACAAGUUUAUUUUGAUAAAACAUAUUUCAUUCAUUUAGUAGUUAUUGCAGAAUUUGAACAAGCAGAAGAAUAUUUACUAUCAUUUACUGAUCAAAGUUCAUCUGAUACUUUAGGAAUUCUUUAUUGUAUUAGAAAAAAUUUCUUUCUUUGGUUAUUAGAAAAUAAACCAUCUUCUGCUCUUUCAUAUCUUCAAAAUGAAUUUAAAUUAUUUAAUUCAUUAACUGAAAUAAAUACACUUGCCCAAUUAAAAAGAUUUAAUCAAUAUCCACCUGCAUCAAGUUAUUCUUCUACAGAAGAAUAUCGUAAACAAGCAGUAUCAAAUGAAUUAGAUAGAAUGAUUGAAGAACAUUCUUCAAUGAAUAGAGGUCUUUAUUUAGUUCCUAAUGAAACAUCUUUACUUCAACGAAUUCUUAUUAACAAUGAAAGAAAUACACUUCUUUCAGUUAAAAAUUUCUUUUCAGAAAUUCCAAUGAGUACACAAGAAAAAUUAAAAGUUCGUGUAGAACCAAUGAAUACAAAAAAUGAUACUAUGAUUAGUUCUGGAAAAUUAAUAACUUCAUUUGAUAUUUGGGAUAUGAAAGAUAGUCAUUCAGAAAUAGUAAAAGAACUUUUAUUAAAUAAUGGAAAUAUCCUAAUAUUCUUUAUUAAUAAACAAGCUAUUUUAGUUAAUUCUAAAAAAAAGAAAAUUUCAUCAGCGUUUUCGUUAGACCAUUCAUCAAUAGAUUUAUCAAAUGCACAUUAUUGUACAAAUGGAAUUAAUGGAUUUAUUAUUUAUAAUGAAAGUGUAUUAGAGUUCUAUAUUAUAGAAGAUGAAAAAGUUGAUUUCUUAGGUAGUUUUAGUCAAAAUAGUUUUCAAGACAUUGGAAAAGCUACAUGUUGUUGUAUUGAUGAAAAACAAUUAUAUAUUAUUACAAAUGAAGGUGUUCUUGUUAUAUAUGAUUUUCCUACAUUAAGUCAAGCAUUUGUUCAAAAAAUAGGAAAACAGGCAUUACAUAAAUUACAUGUGCAUGGAAAUAAAAUAUAUACUAUUGAUGAAAAUAUGAAUUUUAAUAUUCUUCAAAUAGAAGAAAAUAAAGAAAUUCAUCGAUUUACAUCAAAAGAACUAAAUAAUGGAAAUGUUAGGGAAAAAAUGAAAUGUUUAAUUAAAUAUAAUGACUGUGACUUUAUUGAAGAUGUAGAUUUAUGUGCUACAGAUAAAGGAAUAUUAAUAUGGAGUUUAUAUGAUUUAAUAGAAGUAAAUAUUGAAACAAGAGAUAUUUUUGAAUAUUCAAUUCCAAAUAAAAUUAUUUAUAUUAAACCAAAUCAUAAUUUUAUUUUCUGUGGAUUAGAAGGAAAUAACUUUGUUAUAUUAAAGCAUUUUGAAAAAGAAAUUUGUCAAGACCUUUCUUUAAGACCAACACAAGGAAAAGUAUUUACUAGAUAUUCAUUAAAUAAUGAAAAUUCAAUUCUUAUUUGUGGAGAAAAAGGUUCUAUUCAAUUAUUAAAUCAAUUUAGAAAAUAUUUACCUUCUAAUUAUGAAUUUUUAAAUGAAAAAACAGAAAUUCAUGAAGAAGAAAAUGGUAAAAUGGAUAUAGAAGAAACAAUUAAUUUAAAUGAACAUAAAAGUAUGAUUAAUCAACAAAAUGAAUUAAGAAAAAAACUUCAUCUUAUUGAUAAAGAAAUAAAUUUAUGUCAAAACAUAUUUGAAAUGAAAGAAUUAACUCUUCAAAAAGAAGAGUGUCAAAAAAGAAUUGAACAAUUAGAUUUUAAACUUGAUGAAUUAAUUGAAAAACAUAAAAGAAUAGAAAAUAAAAAAGAAGGUAUUGCAUUAGAAAAUAAUAAAACUAAAAUUCUUUAUAGAUUUGCUAAACUAAAUGAAAAUAAAAGUCAAAUUAAAUUUUUAAUGCAUUCUGAACUUAAUAAAGGAAUAUUUUCUAUUGAUGAAAAUGGAAUAUUAACUUUUACUUUAUGGCCUAAUCAAAGUAUUAGUUAUAUUGCACCAGAAGUAGUUCCAAUAUGUUCAUUUUUAAUAAAACCAGGAUAUGUAAUAAGUGGAUCAAUUUCUGAUAAUAGUUUUUAUGGAUUGUUUGGAACUGGACAUGAGUUGUAUUUAUAUCAUUUAAAGUCUAAAAAGAAUUUAAUGACAAUAUAUUCUUCUAAAAGUUCUGCCUUAGAUUUAGUUAUUUGUACUGAUUUUUGUAAAACAGACAAUUCAAUUUUUUGUGUUGGAUUAAGUAAUGGAGAUAUAGUAUUAUAUAAUGUUGAAAAAACAACAGUAAAUAAAUUAUAUUCUCAUCAAUGUUCAGUUAAAAAGAUAUUAUUAAAAAGUACUUAUUUACUUACUCUUGAUAUUUUUAAUCAAGGAUAUUAUACACCAAUUUCUAAUAAUCAAUUUGGACAAUCAAUAUCAGUUGAUUAUAGUUCAUUAAAUAUUAUUAAUUAUGAUGGAAGUUGUUCAAAGCCAAUUAUUCUUAUUACAACUAAAACCAAUGUACUUAUUAUUCAAAUAACAGAAAGUAAAACAUUAUAUCAAUUUGAUGAUUUACUUCCAGAUGAAUAUUUGAUUGAUUCAAAAUUUUCACAUGAUGAUAGCUUUAUUAUUAUUUGUUCAAAUACUCGUUUAAUUUUUAUUAAAAGUAAAGAUUUCAGUGUAGUUAAAUGUAUUAUUUAUUCUGAAAUAUUCAAAACUAUUCGUAUUCCUUCUUCUAAUGUUGUUUCAUUUGCUGUAUCAAAGAAAAAUCCAUUACAAUGUUCAUUAGGUUUAAUGAAUGGUUGUAUAAUUUUUGUUGAAGCACAAACACCAAAUUUAUGGAAUUAA